UUCCUACGUCACCAGAGGGCGUCUCUGUUGCUUUGUCAUACGUGGUCAUACACACCGAGAGAUUAUAAACGCCUUCAAGUUCUGUGGGGAGGCAGAACUACAGAUAGACUGACGGCGGACUCACACACCUGCUGAGACAUGCAGAGCCCCCCGAAGCCACAGUUUGCCAGCUGGCUGCUGAGACAGUUGGAGACAGGACAGUACUCUGGACUGUGCUAUGUGGGUCACAACCGGUUCAGAGUUCCCUGGAAGCACAACUCGAGGAAGGACUGCAGGGAUGAAGAUUGUGAAAUAUUUCGGGCGUGGGCGGUUGCAAGUGGCAAAAUAAACGAGUUCCCCAAUGACAAAGCACGCUGGAAAACCAACUUCCGAUGCGCCCUGAACAACCUGUCUGUGCGUUUCAAGAAGGUGGAGGAUAAUUCCAAGAACUCCGACGACCCGCACAAAAUCUACGAAAUCACUAACGCCAAUGGUAGACAGGAAGUUCUGCCCAAUGAAAAGGCUCCGGAGGAUUUGAUGGCGACUUUAGACAUCUACAGUUCUCCUACAGAGUACUUCCCCACAGGAGCUGAGCCCUAUCUGGUCCACAAUUUUACAGCAUUGGAUCUGGAAAACCAACCUGCAGAGGAGCCACAGUGGGCAGAUAACUACUGCCAGCCCAACCCAGCUGUCAUUGAAUGUUACCCUGCAGCAGCUGAGAUCCAUCCACCAGCUGCUCCACAGCAGCAGUCUUACUGUGAAGCUAUACAGCCAACUAUCCGCGACCUGGAGAUCUCCAUCUUCUACAGAAAGAAAGAGAUGCUCAAGACCACAGUGAGAACUUCUCGUCUCCAGCUCCACUACCAGCACCAGGAUCCUAACCUCAAUGACACCUAUCACCUGUGUUUCCCCACUACUGACGGUCUGCUCGACCACAAACAGAUCGACUUCACAAACAAAAUUCUGAGCAGCAUCCAGAGAGGUUUACUCCUGGAGGUCCAGGAAACUGGCAUCUAUGCAUGGAGGCAGGACCGGUGCCAUGUGUUUGCCAGCACCAGUGAUCCCAGUGUUGCUCACCCAAACCCGAGAAAACUGCCCCAGAACACUGUGGAGGAACUGCUGAAUUUUGAGACAUUUGUCAAAGAACUGAAAAGUUUUAAGGAGAACAACGGCAGCUCCCCUCGCUAUACCAUUAACAUGUGCUUUGGAGAGAAGUUCCCUGACGGAAAACCUUUGGAGAAAAAACUAAUCGUGGUCAAGGUGGUUCCCUUGAUAUGUCAAUAUUUUCACGAGCUGGCCCAGAUGGAGGGCGCCUCGUCUCUUCACAGCACCAACGUCAGUCUGCAGAUUUCGCACAACAGCCUCUAUGAUCUCAUCAACUCUGCCUUCGAGCUGCCAGCACCUGACGAAACAGUACAGGCUUUCCUACAUUAGAUCUCUUUACUUCCCUCUAAAGGCAACGACAGCUGCAGUCGAUGGAAGCCACGAAAUGUACCGCAUCUUGUUCACUCUUCAGUUCAAACUAGGUCGGUUUCGGACGGGCUGCAUACUAAGUGAGAAUUUACUGAUACAUUUUUUAAAUAGUAUUUACCCCUUACUAAGACAGAAGUGUAAAGACGUGGGGAAGAUAAGCAGCCAGAGGUUUGUACUGUCUGCUGAGGAGUGGAAUAAUUUCUUCAAGUGCCUUGAUUAUUUAUUCAUUACUUUUGUCUUAUCACCUUGGGUGGGAGAAAACAGUGUCAUCACUACUAAAAAGGAAUGUCAUCAAUGCUAAACUGGACUGUUACUGUACUGUAUUUAUAGCAAGCAGGAUUAAUUCCAUUUUUGAUUUCAGUAAAUAUCACAAUAAUGGAUAAAUGCAUGCCACCAUAUCUUAUCCUAUAUACUGUAUUUAUAGUCUGACAUUGUGUGUCAUUAAGCUGUUUACUGUGUGUUAAUGUCCUAGUUGAUUUUCUCUGUACUCUCCUGGUUCUAAACUUUCUAUUAUUGGAUUUUAAAUAAAUGGAUUUAAUCUAAAA